UGCGCAUGCGCGGUCCGCACAGGCAUAUCGAGUCAGUUGUUGGAGGAGGCGAGAGGAAAACAGUGGCGCUGACAAACGGGAGAAGUUCGAUGGCGCGGUCCUUUUGUCGCCGUGUAUUUCGGCUCUCCAGUUAGACUCCGGAAGCUUCGGACUCAAACGGCCUUUGUGCGAUUUACACCCGCUUGCUUUUGCUUCAAUUCUGUCAUAAACAAGGUCCGACCAUGGAGGAAUCGGUGACUACCUUCGAGACGCAUUUGACGGCCGUGAUGGACAGCCUCAUCCGAGCGUCGGUGUGCGAGAUCACCAAGCUCUUCCAGGAGACGGUGGCCGACUACUUGGUGGAGCUGUCCCUCAACAGGAAGGAGAACGAGGCUCUCAAACUGCGGCUGAGGCUCACCGAGAACAAGCUGAGGACGGAGCGCAAGUACGGCAUGGGCUGGGCCGCCGGGCGCCGCAACGCCGGCGUAGCGGCUGGCGCGGCCGAGGACGGAGCAGCGGGGAGACUGAAACGAAAAGUUGAGACGGACCCAGGCAAGUCAAAGAAGGGCCCUGCAGCAGCCUACUGCAGACGCUGGCCUGGAGGCGUGUGGGAGGAAGGCGGAGGAGGAGGCUGCGGAGGAGCUGCAGCGGUGGCGGCGGCUGGAGGAAAAGGAGGGAAAGAUACCAGGGAGAUGUACCUCGUCCAGCUCCCCGGGUGUGAAGAGGAUGAGGAAGGCAUGAUACAGGAUGAGGAAGGGGAGGGCAGCCUCAGCGGCGAGGGGGAGGAGACGGCUAACAUCAAAGAGGAGUUUCCUCCCACGGAGGGAUAUCAACCAGCCUCUCUCAGGCUCAUCAAGGAGGCUCUGAAGAUGGAGCGGCCUAACCACAACCUCUGCAAUAGUUCCAGAACCCAAAGUGAAGGAGACGUCUCGGAUCAUCCCCUGAGCCUCGCCUCCACGAAAAAAGAGGAUGACAGCUGGGACGGAGGCUCCGUGGAGCCAUCGGAGAGCGGAAUGACCAUGGAUGAACUGAGGGGCUUGGAGUCGGCUCUGAGGGCCGAGAUCGGCCGCGAGCAGGCGGCCGUGACGGCCCCCCAGGCUGCCACCCCGGCGUCGGAGGCGGGGUUGGGCAGCAAGAUGGGCCUGCCUCCCAAAUACAUCGGACUGGACGGGAUGGAGCAGGAAGGAGAUGCGGAGCCCCAGCCGCCCACCCUGCAGCGAGAGGACCAGGUAGGACAAAGCCGGGCAAAGGACCGCGUGAGGUCGGUGGAGCUGAAGUCGGGCAGAUGCAAGAAGACCCGCGAGAACGACUCUGCUCCAAAUGGAGAGGCGGGACCAGAGCAGGCGGAGUCGGAGCACCUCCCUCAGCCGCCCGCCCUCGGAAGUGUCGGCGAGAGCGGCGGGGAAGAGGAUGGAGGCGGCGACCUGCUCCACUUCUGUCCCCAGUGCGGGGGCGGGUUCACCACGGAGGCUGAGAUGGAGGAGCACCCCUGCCCACUAGGUGGCGCCCAUUUACAGAGCAGCGGCGGAGAGGAGAGCAUUUUCCCCUGCGCCCACUGCGGAAACACGUUCAGCCACUCGUGGGCGCUCAAGAACCACGAGUGCGCCUGCGCUGCCGAGCGGCCGCACUGCUGCGAGAUUUGCGGGAAGCGCUUCACUCACUCGCGUUCGCUGGAACGCCAUCAUCUGGUGCACACGGGCGAGAGGCCGCACCAGUGCCCGUUGUGCGGGCGGAGCUUCAGUCGCCUCGGCAACCUGGAGAGGCACCAGAGGAUCCACACAGGCGAGCGUCCUUACGGGUGCGACGCGUGCGGGAAGCGCUUCAGUCGAGUGGAGUACCUGAAGAGACACCAGCUGAUCCACAACGGCGAGAAGGCCACGCUGCAGUGCUCCGCCUGCGGGGUCAACUUCCGCGACGUGGAGCAGCUGAAAAGCCACCAGUGUUUUUAGAGACGUGGACCAUCUGGUGGACCUGCAAAGGACAGAGCAGCUUCUUUAACUGAAUGUGGUAGAAUUUAGGCGACUAACGUGUCCGGUCUUUGUCUCGCUGGUUUGCAGUCCUUUCAAAAUAAGACAAGAUCAUCAUGGACGGACAAAGGAAGAGAAGCAAGCACAGUACCAACCAGAUGGCUUUCUUUCAAUGUGUCCGCCAUUUGGACUGAAGCUUUUCUCAUUUGUAUAAAGCCUAUAACUAUUUAUAAAAAUAAAUUGUACAUUUUUAUGUUUGUAUUAAUGCUUAACUUCCUUGAAAGAUGACAAUUGUUUUUUUUCCCAUGACAAACUACUGUUUGGUAUAUUUGUCUAUGGUGAGCAUUAAAAAAUAAACAUGUCAGUGUUCAACGGAACACGUUAAACUUCU